GGGACCGGGACCCAAGACACAGGUGAGAUGCUUUCACUUCCCCGGGAAGUGGGUGAGAUCUGAGAGUCUGGGAGCUGUUUGACGGCUGCACUUUUAUUUUCUGCGAGAGGAAGGAGCGCCGAAAGUGUGUUUUCAGAAAGCAGAUAAAGUCGCACAGAUUCAUUCUGCUGCGGGACUAUGUGGAGGGAGUCGAUAAUGGAUGUUUUCUGAUCGGGGUCUCAAACACAAACAAAACACUGCAGUUUCAUUUUCAAUUCAACAUUUUCUACUGCUUCUGUCAAGUGGAUACAUAUUCUCCUGUCGAAGGGAGCGACCUUGCAGUCUGUUGUAAUUUUGGAUGCACCGAUGAGAGACCGAGUUUUCACGGGGACUGCGAUGGCUUACCAACCUUUCCACCCUCAUCGGCCGGCAGAUUUUCCCGUGUCAGCCUUCCUAUCGGCCGCUCAGCCAUCCUUCUUCCCGGCACUGACGCUGCCUACGGGCUCCCUGGGCAAACCGAUAGCGGAACAAGCUUUUGCUGCAGCCGCGGAAGCCGGGCUUAACACGCUGGGUCAUCACCAGCAGGCGGCUCAUCUGCGCAGCCUUAAAAGCUUCGAGUCGGCGGGGGAGGAAGCCGAGGACGACCCAAAAGUAACAUUAGAAGCUAAGGAGCUUUGGGACCAGUUUCACAAAAUAGGGACCGAAAUGGUCAUUACCAAGUCUGGAAGGAGGAUGUUCCCGCCCUUUAAGGUCCGCGUUAAUGGUCUCGACAAAAAAGCCAAGUACAUCUUACUGAUGGAUAUAAUGGCUGCGGACGACUGUCGCUACAAGUUCCACAAUUCCCGCUGGAUGGUAGCCGGGAAGGCCGACCCGGAGAUGCCCAAGCGGAUGUACAUCCACCCGGACAGCCCGGCCUCCGGCGAGCAGUGGAUGGCCAAGCCCGUCACCUUCCAUAAACUCAAGCUCACCAAUAAUAUUUCUGACAAACAUGGGUUUACCAUCCUGAACUCCAUGCAUAAAUACCAGCCGCGCUUCCACAUAGUGAGAGCCAACGACAUCCUGAAGCUCCCCUACUGCACUUUCCGGACCUACGUUUUCCCAGAGACAGAGUUCAUCGCCGUCACCGCCUACCAGAACGACAAGAUCACUCAGUUGAAAAUUGAUAACAACCCCUUCGCUAAAGGCUUCAGAGACACGGGGAACGGGAGGAGAGAAAAGAGAAAGCAGUUGACUCUGGCGCCACCGCGAGCAUUUGCGGAUCUGGACGGCGGGGAGUCGGACGCUUCCUCCUGCGACCCAGGGGCCGGUGGGGACUCGCCGCCCGGCCACGGGACGACUCGCUCCCAGAGAGAUGCUAGGACCCACAAAGACAGUGACGAGGAACCAGACCACCUGGAGAAUCCCUCUGUCAGACCAAGCAGCCCCGGGACCCGGAGCCCCCCAUCCGGGCCACGGUCAGAAGGUAGGGCCAACCCCAGUAAGAAGGGAGACCCAGGAAACCCCAGCGACCUCACGCAGCAGAAAGACCAGUCGGACAGCAGGUGCAGGAACAGGGCGGAUCACGGGACCCUGGGGAGUAGCGAGGGCGGCUCCUGCCCAGUGCUGCUUCAGAUGGAUGGCCCCUCCCACCUGAGCACCGCCCACCUGCAGGCCCUGGCCUUUUCCAGCCUGUCUGGCCAAUCACUGUACGGCCCUCAGCCCCUGUUCCUGCCCCCAGGGCAGCUGGCCGUGACUCCCGGUGGCUUGUCCGCUAUGAGCAUGGGGCAGCUGCUGGCAUCCGUCUCUGGGCUGGCAGGCCUGGGGGGCAGCGCGCUGUCGGGGGGGCCCUGCGGAUUCCCGUGGCAGCUCUCACAGGGCAUCCCUCUUCCGGCCUUGGGGGCACUGUUCUCCCACCCCUACGCCUACAUGGCGGCCCCCCUCUCACGCAGCCCGCUGUUGGGCGCCGCCCGGUCCUGCCUGCACUACAGCCCCUACCCGGUUCCUGGUGCCCUGUGCCAGGGCACUGGCACGCUCGCUCGGACUGCGCCAGCCAGCCGGGAUACGAGUCCAGUGGCCCCGCCCACUCCUGAGCGCCAUGCAGUGACCCACAGGGGCAAAACCUUAUUAAAGGACCCCAUUAACGAGCUGCAGAGCAUCCAAAAGCUCGUCAGCGGCCUGGAGGGGCAGAGGACCGCCUCCCCAAAGUGACAGCUGCGCCUCCCGCAAGCCAGGUCAGGAACAUCCAGUUCACUGGGAUGCAGUUCUGCAUAGGAAUGGGCAUCCACACCUCACUGGGCUGAACAGCAGACAGGAACUUCCUAAACGGCUGCCUGACAGAAGUGGACGGCUGCCUGACAGAAGUGGACGGCUGCCUGACAGAAGUGGACGGCUGCCUGACAGAAGUGGACGGCUGCCUGACAGAAGCCCCACGGGCUAUUUUCUGCGCAUGAGUCUCACUGAGGCUCAUAGGAGAUCCGAGGUAGGGGACUCGCGCGUGCCGAGAAGUCGAGCGUGACGGCAGAAUGAAGCGGCUAACUUUCACCUCCUUCUGAGACGGGCGUUCACCGUACACCAGAGCACCGAGGCCGUCGGGAGAUACGGACUGGCAAGGUACUUAGGCCGAGGAACGAUCAGCCGGCUUCAUGGAUGCCCGAAUUUGACUCAUUUAUGUAGUUAAAUAGAAUCAUUUAUGUAAAUUCGCCGCAUGCAGACUGAUAAUAAUUUAUUUAACGAUGUACAUUGGCUUGUACGUAAUGUUUUUGAUUAGAUCUGACCUCACGCUGCAACGACGGGGUGAGUUCAGGUAUUUCACAGUCAUCCCAUUGCUGAAGAAAAAAAAUGUUUCUAAUCGACCAUCUUCAUGCUGGUUACUUCAACACUACUUCCUUGCCCUCACGUUUUCGGACACUCAAUAAAAAAACAAAUUGUUAAUUGUUAGUUACACAUGUUAUAUAUUUAUAUUAUAAGUUCUUUUAUCAUUUCAAUAGGAUUUGUUUGCAUUGGGGUUUUUUACUUUUGCUUUUGUACUUUUUAUAUUAUUAUAUAAUGACAUUGACAGUACGGGCAGGUGCUGAACCAUUUAUUUUGUUAAAGAUGCACGGAAUUGUAUUGUACAGUUAUUAUGAUUUUAAUUGCCCUCAUUUGAUGUUUAUUUUUAUAUACAACAUUAUCUGCAAUAUAAAAUAUUCAGGAAGGU